AUGCCAAAACUAGUGAACAGCUUGCCGCAUGCUACUUUUGCAGCCAAGAAAUAUCCACACUUGCAACACAUUCAACUCGCUGAUCCUGACUACAAUAUUUCAAACAAAAUUGACAUUUUACUUGACGCAAAAAUUUAUGCAGAAAUCAUAAUGAGCGGUUUGAUCAAGGGAACUAAACAACAGCCCAUUGCCCAACAGACGAGAUUAGGGUGGAUUCUGUCUGGGCCUGUUACUACUUUUAACAGCCACGUUCUUAUAAAUGGAGUUGAAGACAUCGCCAACUACUGGGAGGUGGAGGAAAUCGCAUCCGAAACCACACCGAUGACGCAACAGGAAUUAUUUUGCGAAGAACUUUAUACCAAAACAACUAAGCGCUUGCCUGAUGGUCGGUAUGAAGUGCGACUACCGAUGAAAACUGACUUUGAAGAGCAUCUUGGACACUCUAAAGCACGCGCCGUGGCUAAAUUUAAACAGCUCCAGAGUCGCCUGAUGAAGGAUAGCACACUACGUCAGAGCUACGGGCAAUUCAUACAUGAGUACAUAGAUCUAGGUCACAUGCGCAAAUGCACUGAACAAAAAGAGCCUAUGUGCUACCUAUCACAUCACGGGGUACAAAAGCUAGACUCGCUUACCACCAAACUUCGUGUCGUCUUUAACGCUUCCUCAAAAACAUCUACGGGGAACAGUUUGAAUGACCUAAUGGAAAGCGGUCCCAAGCUUCAACAAGACAUUCAAAGUUUAUUGCUCAGAUGGCGAACGUACCGCUAUGUAUACUCAGCAGACUGCGAGAAGAUGUACCGCUGUAUUCUGGAUCCCGAACAAUAA